AUGCGUUACGCGCCUGCUCUUACAGAGCGCAGCGAUUGGCAGGUAGAAGCCAAUGGGAGACGGUAUUGUUGCAGGCUUAGGGUGGUCUACGUCGAGGCGGAGAGGAGGAUGGGCUUCGUGCUGCGCGCAUUCAGUCAGUGGCGGGGCCUCGUGGGACCCCGGGGUGGGUUCCCCGUUGUCCAUGACGCUGCUGCCAGAUCAUUCCUACCAUGGCUGCCCCAGUUCAGGACUAUCACCCUCCUCACUCGAGUCUCAACUGAUCCCUGUGGCAGCUUCCGUGCAGCACAGAAUGGGUCCCUGGCACCUUGGUGCUAUCAACAGGUCCGUUCUAAGGCCCGAGGCAAUGAGUAUCAGCCCAGUAACAUCAAACGGAAGCGGAAACAUGGUUGGAUUCGGAGGCUCAGCACCCCUGGUGGAAUCCAGGUUAUCUUGCGGCGAAUGCUGAAGGGUCGGAAAUCCUUGAGCCACUGAGACCCUGAGCAGGCUCUGUCAAGGAGCCUGAAUGAGCAACACCUAGGGACUGUAUUAGCAAGAUGGGAUGGACCGGAACACCUCCAAGACAAAGCCUGGGUUCUUGCAUACUGAGCCAGGACAGUGGCUUCCCUUUUCUCGGUAUAUUGAUAACAUGGGACUUUUUUAGCAAGAACUGUGGAUUUAGAAGACUGAAGUCCUUUCUGUCAUGUCAGACAAUUUAGUAAAUGCGAACUAUUAAAGCAAUUAAACCCUA